CGGGGCUUGGGCUCUGGAUCGUCCAACCAUGGGUCUCGCAGGCAGAAAAGUCAAGCAGCGGAUCCCAAACGACCCCCGCAACCUCUCUUGGGCAGAUGGUGCGUGAUCCCGAGACCAUACAGGGGUACCUCGCAGUGUAACGUAGCUCUGUCUAGACGCCAACAAGUUCGGUGCUGCCUACCUCCAAAAACUAGGAUGGUCGUCGGGCACGGGCUUGGGCACGAGCGGUGAGGGCCGCACGACACACGUCAAGGUCCACCAAAAGCUUGACAUGCUCGGCAUCGGCGCUGCGCAUCAAAAGGACCCCAACGGCUUGGCGUGGAAGCAGAGCCGGGAUUUUGAGAACCUGCUGAGGCGUCUGAACGCCGCGGGGGGUGAGGCUACGGAGGACGAGCCGGGGACGAAGCUCGAUGGAUUUUCACGGGCGACGGUAGAGGAGAAGCAGGAUGUGAAGGAGGAGUCGAAGAAGCGUAAGCGGAAUGCUGAGGAUGAUGGUGAGCAAGCGAUGAGCGAGGGCGAGGACAUCGUUGUUGAAGAGAGCAAAGAGGAGAGGAAGAAGAGAAAGAGGGAUGAAAAGGCGCGGAAGAAGGAAGAGAAGGAGAGGAAGAAAGCGGAGAAGAAGAAAGCAAAGGAGACGGAAGGCAUGGCAGAGGACGAGAAAGUUGUAGAGAGCACUGCGGAGUCAUCUACGGAACCACCAAAACACAGACCAACAGUUGUUAGGCCGUGCGUCCGCUGUCUCUCUCCUAUACUAUAUAUUCUAACGUCCGGAUAGUGUUCGCGCCCACCGCGCACGCUUCAUGGCCUCCAAAAACAUCGCCUCAAAAUCCUCGACCGCGAUCGACGAGAUCCUCGGCAUCUCGCGCUCAGGCAGCGCCACGCCGUACCCGUCCGCCCUCGACACGCCCGCGCUCACGGACCCGUCCUUGUCAGCCACGCCCGCUGACGAGCUCAAGCUGCAAGAGCUCACGACGUCGAGCAAGAGCGUGAUGGACUACUUCAAGGAGAAGCUUCUUGCCAAGUCGAAUGCGGCCUCGAGCAGCGGCUCGCCCUCGUCGUCAUCCUUGGCUUCGACCUCGGCCUCGAUGCCGCGCGAGCAGGAGUACGAUGACUAUGAUGACCGGCCUCGCGGGCUCGGCGCGGGACUCGGUUUCGCACGUUCGUCUGCGGGAGGCAUCGGCGCGAGCAGGCUGCGCUCGGAGGUGACCUUCGAGGCGGAAGAGUGCGAGGAACCUUCGCGCGCGGGCCUCGGCUCGUCGGUCACAUCGCAGAUGAGUGCAAUAUUCUCGUCUGCGAAGGAGAGUGCCGAUGCGGGAGAGGUGGUAAGUGAGACCUUGGAAGUGGGGGUCGUCGAGGAGCAGGUGCCCGAGGAGAAAAGGGGAAAGAAAGAGAAAAAGGACAAGGGGAAGAAGUGCGAGAUGGCCGAGGAGAUAGCUGGAGAGGCGGAGGAGAAGGAGAAGAAGAGCAAGAAACGGAAGGAGCGCUCUGGAGAGGACGCUAUGGAAGAGGUUUCUGAAGAGGGCAAGAAGAGCGAGCACAGGACACCUGGUGGUGAGGGCGAAGAUGUCGAGGAGGAAGAUGGAGAGAAUGCCUCCUCGGUCGCAAGAAAGAAGAAGAGUAAGAAGGAUAAAAUGAAGGAGGCGAAGGUGGAAGUCGAGGGUGCAGCAGAAAUGGCCGGCAGGGAGAAAAAGAAAAAGAAGAGCAAGAAGGCUAAGCCGUCCGACAGUUAGCCAGCAGUCGUCUCCACGGAGCCUCUUUUGUAUUCUUGUACGCACACCGGUGGUAACCUCGGGAGGCCUGGAUCGGCCGACUCAAAUAUCAUACUGACAACGC